AUGCCCGUCCCGAUGCGUCCUACGCGGCGUGUGCCGAGUCGCCGGCGCCAUGGCGACUCGAGUGACGAGGACUUGCCGCCUGCGGACUCCUCCAGUCGGCCGUCCGCUCCAGACAAUCACGUGAGAGUGGAGUGGUCAUCCAGCACGGAGGACGAGGAGGACGACAGCGACGAGGGCGUCCACGACCCCGCGAGCCGCACAGAUCUUUAUCCCGCGCGGACCCGCCAUAAGCUUCCAGCACUCGAUCAGCUCCGCAGCGACGUUGUUACCGCCCGAGACGCGGUCGCCUCACGGCGUCUGGCUGUUGCCAGACUCGCACAUGGGCAGUCGGGUGCUUCCGCACCGUCACGCCGCGCCGGGGGGGGGGGCCAGCAUCUUUCCAACUCCGACGCGGAGAACUACGCGCCUGGAGGGCAUCCCAGGCAGGCAGAGAGGUCGCCGCCCCCCCAGCAGCCGACUGCGCUGCACUGGCCGCAGAAGCCAUCGGGUGGGCGGCGGAGUGCAGACGCGCACUCCGAGUGGUCGGCGAGCCCGAUGGGGGAACUUUCUCGAGAGGUCUCUCCGGGUCACGUCUGCGGCCGCGGCGCGGACUCGGACUCUCUCCCAGGGAGAGGGGCUUUCGACACCGUCCGCUCGGUUCAGUUCGGCAGUGUGUCCUCUGUGGGCUCCAGCGGCGACUUCCGCGUCAUUGGAGACCAGCCGGUGCUGGUCACCAGUCCGAGUCGCCACUCGCUGAGAGGCGGCUGGGGGCCUUCCAGAGAUAUGCACCAGUAUGUUGUUCGGCGGGUGUCUGAGGAGCUCUGCACCGAGGAGUACGGGGAGGACAACAGUCGCCGCCUGACGUGCUGCGGGUGUAUGCCCCUCAUUUUCACCAGGAAUGGGUGGAAAAUGCUUUUUUCGGUCUUUUCGCAAGAAAACAACUUCGAUCUGCUGCUCCGGAACUACGUGCCCGAAGCCCCUUCGUCUCGGCAAUACACGUCGAGCCCCUCCAACAUUGAAGAUGCAGGUCCCCCAAGCAACACCAUGUACUCCGCCGGAAUGGCUCUGUCUCAACGUGGCGGGCGGCUGAUGCAGGUCGGUACCGUGGCCGCUCAGUACGCCGGCCGCGUCGAGCAGUUUUCCAAGGAGCCUACGCCGGCGGUCAAGCACAAGUCAGCUAUGUACCGGAUUCUCAAAGGGUAUCCGUUCGUCAGGUUCCGUUACCUGCCGCUCAACCACGCGUACGACUACGUGCUCAGUGAAGUUGUACCGGUGAAGCUCAUAUGGGCCGUCCUCUUUGCGUUGAUAUUCCAAGGUCUGCUGACGUUGUGUCAGGUGUGGGUUGCGCAGCAGAACCCGACUCUCCUGGUGGACGCAGUCAUCAGGGCGGGUGUUUGCUCGGCUUAUUUCCUGUUCGUGUUCAUUGUGUCUCUCUUCGCGCGCUUCCGGUCUCAGACAGAACUGGCGGUUACGGCUCUCUCCGCGUUCUUUUUUCUUUUCUGCUGCAUCUUCGAGUCGUGGCAAAUGAUCACAGCUCGUACACCUUCACCGGAUACACCGCUGACGGGACCCAGCGGCACGGUCAGCUCUCUGGAUCUCAUCCAGGAGUACAACAACUUGCUCGAGUUCCUUGUUGUUGUUCUUUUAACGGCUAGUUCAAUACGUACGAGUCUGCUAUUCUAUGUGCAUGCAGCUGCGAUUUUGAACGUCGUGUUCACAUGCGCAGUGAAAACGGCUGUAACUCCAGAUCCACUGCGUAGAAUAUCCGCCGUGACCGGGGAGUACUGCAUUUUCUGUAGUAUUUUCGUGCUUAUGUACAUGGGGUAUUACAGGGAAGUUAGCCACCGCAUGGCAUUCUAUAGCUGGUACUGUGCAAAGUACAAGGUGUCUCCAGUUGCCGGAGCUAGGCGGCUUGCCAGCAUGUCUACCAUGUGCCGGCAACGUGGAGGAACGUCCGUCGAGGACUGUUCACAUGGCAAGCUGUUGGGAUCCCCCGCAGCACUGUUGAAGACGAACGACUCGUGUGCGUGUGAUUGUAGCACGUUCGUCCGUAGUACAGCCAACGCCAACAACUUGGGCGUUGUCGCUGUGGAGUACGAGAGGUUUCCGGCCGCGCAGGAAUGGCUCCCAUUUGUCGCCCUGCGGAGGGUACGACACGUGCUGCUGAAGUGCGGCCGUCACAGCGCGCCGUAUACUGUGGCACCGAACGUUAGCCGUUUUGCACUUGGGCACGAAAAACUUCGCGUACCGCCAACGAGCUUUCUUCUCAAUGUCGAGGCGGACGAUGGAGGACAACAACUCCCGCAACGCGCCACGCGACAAAGCUUAGGCAACGGACAGCCAGCUACUGUGUCGUAG